UUUGCAGUGAAGUGAUUGUUGAAUAGUUGAAAAUUUAAACAAAUAAGUAUAUCAAUAAGAAGAAGAAAUAGAAAAAGUAAUGGACGUGUUUUCAUAAUCUACGGCUAUAUUCUCUCACACGGUGUACGGCGGUGACCCAACACUUGGUAUCGUCUUCGAAGAAAAGUGAAUCGUCAUCGGAAAGUGCGGUCACCAUCACCGAGUGAGAGAAUAAUGUGAUUUGCUCCUGCUGGCACUGGAUAAGCUGUAUCUGGGAAAAGAAGGGGGAACCCCUCUUUGCCUUUCAUCGUAAUUAGACCGCCCGCAAAAUUGAUUGGAAUCGCACGUUUCUUCCAAUCGUCGUUGACGUCGAUUGUUGCACUACCACGUGAACAAACGACCGGAAAAUGAGUGACAAGCUGGCGGCUGGCGGUCGCUACAACCGCAUUAGUCCUUCGUCGGGACGUGGUUCCAUCAUUGCGUACUCCCCGUUGCCCAAAUCCGAACAGGAUUGUCUCCAGGCGCCGGGCAACAAUUGCCUGGCCAUUCCCCUGUCCGCCAUCCAAACCGACAACAACCAGAACCACCAGAAGGCGAUGCCGAUGCCGAUGAUGCCCCCGCUGGCCGUGGUGGGUGGAGGCGGCAAAGGAGCAGCCAUCAUCGGUAGCGGACCCAACAACCACCACGGGCACCCCAACGAUGGGACGGCGGCAGGACACAAACAUGCCGGUCAGAGUCAUUACAAUCCUAACAACAACGUCAGUUUCGGUGGUCAACCGGGCAGCGGUGGUUUCGUCAGUUCCCGAAGUGAGCCCAUCUCGCUGGCAACGCUCGACAAGGACUGCUUCAUCAUUCCGGUGCACAGUUUAGAUCGGUUUCUGCCCGCCGGAAUUCCCCUUCCCACUCCGGAAACGACAGACCCCUCCCAGUCCGGACCGCUCAGCGUACUGGAGGUUUCAGAUCCGAAGAUUUGCAUUCUGGCACACCUGAUGAGCCCACUGGAACCAAUCGACCCGCUGUUGGAAUCACCGCUGGCGCACCCACUAACGAAACAGCGGGCAGUUGCUUCGGAAUUGCUGAACGAGGUGCAACAGGGUAACAAUGCCGUCGGCGGAAUGCUGCUGGCCAAUAUGGAGCGAAGCUCGGCCGAAUUCCCCUUCAUCGCGUACUAUGUGAUAAACACCACCCAAACGGAUCCCACGAUGUUCUACACCGGUGUCCGGGGGGCUUCCCUGUCCAAGUUCGAACCGAAGAACACCCGCUACACGGCGGCCCACACCCUGGACCUGUACAGCGAAGUGGCUUCCAUCUGUCGGCCGCCGUUGGCGCUGGCCCCGAACGAAAUCGGUAGCGUCAAGAAGGGCCAAACGCCAACCACCGGCUACAUCAUCAGCGUUUAUAAGGUUUACGAGGGCGACGACGGCGAACGGUUCGAACGGAAUUGGCUCUACUGGACCGGUGCCAGGAUGAUUUACAGAUAUCUACCAAAAACGGCCGGCUUGCGACGGAUCACCCUCCACAAGAGCGUAUCCUCCCGAGGGGACAAGAUGUAUCUGCUGAUUUGCGAAUGUGCCGAUCUGCUGAAGGACCUCUCGGCGGCUGCCCUGCUAAUACCGGCCCUGCGAGCGCGGCUCUGUGGCUACACCGGACUCUACCGGCCCAUACAGACCUUCUAGGACAAGUGAAACGAGUGAGCAGCGGUGCCAACAUCCUAAUAGCAGUUCCUUCCUCACAAGCAAGUCCUUCCCUAUAAUUAUGGCUGCUGCUGCUCCUCCUCCUUCUCUCUUCAGCCUUUUCGAAGCUCUUGGUUUUACACAGCCACGGUAACCAAUUCGAAAGUUAAGUUGUAAAUUUUUGAUGGUUAAUCAAGUGAAUCGAGUUCAAGCGUUCAUUUCCGGUGAGUUCUAAUUGAGAAGCAUUAAUUUUACGAUUAUAAUAAACGUUAGUAAUUGAUUCCGAUUUUAUAUAAAGUAAUAAGAUGUAGACCAACGCAUAGUCAGCGUGAAGAAUUAUUUUUAUAAAUUUGAUAAACUAAGAAAGAAUACGUUUCCAGAAGAUGGUUGUGCAAAAAAAGUUUCUAUAAUCCAUUAGUAAAUUCAAAUUCAUUGAAAUCGGUAAAGAAUAAGAAAAUAGUCACAGCUAUGAAUAUCAAAUUCGUGGGACGAGAGAACAAAUUUUGCGGAAUGUGAGAGCGGAACUUCGUAUUCAUACCAACCAACACCGACGACUACGCCGUGUACAUACUUAUAAGCUUACAAUUUUUUAUCGACAGCCGGCAGUGAAAGCAAUAAGUUACCAGUAUUUACUAAACAUAGGACGAAGAAGAACGGGACAACAAAAAAUACACAUAAAUUCAACAACUGCCAUACACAGCAGAGAACAGUCAUUUCUACGUACACCACCCCAUCCAUACAUGCGGGCGGAAGAAGAAAAAAUCGCAAAACAAGCAAAAUCAGAUAUAUCUACACAACAAUGUAGAAUUUAGCAAAAAAAAAAUCGACGAGACUACUGCAGGAGGACAAACAUGGUUUCAUAUACGAUUAUACAAUCAUCGAAUCGAACUAACUUUAUUUACACUCUUUCACACAACUCGCGAUGACCACGUACCCACCUCUAUACGAAGAACGAAGGCACACAUGCAACUAUGUUGCGCACAUACACGUACACACAUCAUUAUCAAGUGUAGAAGA